AAGAGGACCCAAAAAGAGGCUAGAGGUGGCUCCCGGGAGCAGGAGAGGAAGCCAGGCAGACAAGACGAGCGCAGGUCCUCGGCCCUCGGAGAAGAGCAGCUGGGCCUUCAGGUGGGUCUGAGGCACACAGGAAGUGGUGCCCAGAAAGCAGCACCCAACACCCCUGCCCCUACCUCCCAGGCCACCCAAAGAAGAGCAGCCACUAUGCACCUCCCCGAAAGCCUCCACGACCUGGCAGACAGUGAGACUGUGCGCUUUCUGAGGAGACCAAAGAGCAUCUCAAGGAUCUUCGGAGGGGUCUUUUCCCUGGUCAUCUUUUCCUCUCUACUAACUGAUGGUUACCAGAACAGAACAGAGUCUCCUCAGCUCCGCUGCGUCCUCAACAGCAACCACAUGGCCUGUAGCUUUGCAGUAGGAGCUGGCUUCCUGUCCUUUCUCAGCUGCUUGGUCUUCCUUGCCAUAGACGCCUAUGGGAGGCGCCUCGUAGGCACCCGCUUUAAGAUAGCCUUCCAGCUCUUGGACUUCAUUCUGGCUGUCCUCUGGGCAGGUGUCUGGUUUGUGGCCUUCUGCUUCCUAGCCAGCCAGUGGCAGCAUUCGAAGUCCAAGCACUUCCUCUUGGGGAACAGCAGCGCCAAGGCAGCCAUUGCCUUUUCUUUCUUCUCCGUCCCUAUCUGGAUACUCCAGGCUUACCUAGCCUUCCAGGACCUCCGAGAUGAGGCUCCAGUCCCCUACAAGCGCUCCCUGGAGGAGGGUAGUGUGGUGCUGAACACCCUCUCUCCAUCAUCCACUACUAGCCCCGCCAACCCUCCCAUCACAGGCCCCAACAGUCUGAGUUACACCAGCUCAGCCCUGUCCCCCUACAUGACUACUCCAAAGGCUCCACGCCUGGCUAUGAUGCCAGACAGCUAAACAGCCUGUAUACAUGAGUAAAUAGCCCCCUCUGAGGGGUUUCUGAA